AUGAGAUCACAGUGCACCACCACCGUCGUGCUGUUCUACUACUGCUGCUGUACGAUCGCUGUGCUGCGCUUGACAGGCGCCGUGAAGCCGCGAUACGAACGCGGACAGGACUACAACGCCGUCCAUCCUUGCCAGAGAGAAUGUCGCGAGGGCGAACCACCCAAAACGUGCGAGUACCGUUUCAAAGUGGAAUGGUACUACACAAUGAGCAAGGCGUGCUACGACUGUCCGUACAACAUUACCGAUUGUUACAGACCAGACUGUGUGCCGGCCGACGGCGUUGCGAAGCCCAUUAUCGUCAUCAAUAGAAGUCUGCCGGGACCUUCCAUACAAGUGUGCUUGGGCGACACGGUCAUGGUGGACGUGGAGAACGCCAUGAUGGAGGAGUCAACGUCAGUCCACUGGCACGGGCACCACCAGCGCAACUCACCGUACAUGGACGGCGUGCCGUACGUGACACAGUGUCCGGUUCCUCCGCACAGUUCGUUCCGGUACGUGUACCUGGCUGACAACGAGGGCACGCACUUCUGGCACUCGCACUCCGGCUGCCAGCGGGGUGACGGAGCGUUCGGGUCGUUCGUGGUGCGAGCACCAAAAUCGCGAGACGUGCACCGCGACAUGUACGAUGUGGACGUGCACCUCAUCACGGUCACCGACUGGCUGCACGAGCUGGGCAUCCGCAAGUUCCUCGCCCAUUACCACGGUUCGGGCAACAACAAGCCCGAGACCAUUCUGAUAAACGGCCGCGGCCGUUACAAAGUCUUCGACGGCGGUUACCGCACGCCCCUGACACAGUUCAACGUGACCAGAGGGAAACGAUAUAGGUUUAGACUGAUUAACGCUGGAUUCCUAAAUUGUCCAAUUUCAAUGAGUAUUGACAAUCAUACGUUUACUGUGAUUGCAACAGAUGGAUAUAACGUUCAACCAGUAGUAGUCGAUUCGUUUGUAAGUUAUGCUGGUGAACGCUGGGAUUUUGUUGUGGAAGCAACAGCUAAUGUUGGCAAUUAUUGGAUGCGAUUUAGAGGCUUGAUGGAUUGCGAUGAACGGUUCACCAAGGCCUUUGAAGUAUCGAUUUUGCAUUAUGACGGAGCUGGUGAAGAGGAACCAGAGGGCACACCAACAUAUGACAAUACACUUCAUUCCGGAAUUCAAUUGAAUGCACUGAAUAAAGGAUCUGGGUUAAUGGACACUGCUACUGUAUCAGAAUUAGAAGACGCAACACCCCCCAAAAACGACCUUCGUUUGGAGAAAAAACCAGAUGUAACAUUAUUUAUGUCAUAUGAUUUUUAUUCUUUAGAUAAUCCACAUUUCCACAAACCUACGUUAUAUGGAUUCAAACAAGUGACGCACAGGUCUGAACAAGUGUACACACCACAAAUUAACAAAAUGUCUUUCAAGCUUCCAUCAUUUCCUUUAUUAUCUCAAAGGAAUAUGAUAGAACCUUGGAUGAGUUGUGAUAAUAUAAAGAAGGAUUGUUCAAACGAAUUCUGUGAGUGUACAAACAUUAUAAAAGUUCCUCUGGGGUCAAUCGUUGAACUAUUUCUCAUUGAUAAAGGUGUGACAUACAACGCAAAUCAUCCGUUUCAUUUGCACGGACAUCCGUUUAGAGUAGUAGCGAUGGAAAGAGUUGGAAAUCAUACUACUGUAGAGGAGAUAGAACAAAUGGACAGAGAUGGGCGCAUUGUAAGAAAUCUACGGACUGCACCUCUUAAAGACACCGUGACAGUACCAGAUGGUGGAUUUACAAUAUUACGAUUCUUAGCCGACAAUCCUGGUUAUUGGUUAUUUCAUUGUCAUAUUGAGUUCCACGUUGAGGUGGGCAUGGCAACUGUUUUCAAAAUCGGCGAAGACUGGGAAAUGCCCCCACCACCUCCAGGUUUUCCGAAAUGUGGAAACUAUAACGGAAAAGGAUUAGUAUCAAUUUUGAAUCCCGAAGAGAUGGAUUCGGUGUACCCAAUGAUUAACGGAUCCAGUCAGAGUGAUGGUUUGGAUGACGUAGAUAUCGAAAGUCGUACUAAUAUGAUAUCGACAUUAGGUAAAUGGUGGCCAUUUGUCGGAGGUGCGCAUCCUUAUGUAGCAUCUGCUGCUAGUAUUAACUCAUCGUAUUUUUCAAUUUUAAUGUGUAUUGUGAUAAGUUUUUUAGUUAUUGAAUGA